AACACCGCCAUCUGAUUCGGAAGAAUUUAAUGGAAGUUCUACCCAAAAAUCCACGGAAUUAUUAUUGUCAAUUAAUGCACAACUAAAACAGCCACAGGACAAUCGUUUUGACGGAGCUGGCACACCACCGCCAAGUCCACCCGCACUACUUCACCAACCACAACUAGACAACAAAAAUGAUAAAGAUGAAAAUCUAGAAAAUUAUAAUCUUGGCCAGCAUGAAAUCGAAAUGAAAAACACUUGGACUCGGACAACAUCGCCCGUAUUUAAUCUUACUACGGUACCAAAAGAUCAUGAAAACGACGAAACGUUGUCACCUUCUUCCACGAAUCCGAAUUCACCAACGUACUCUACAUCUUCAACGGAGGCACCAACAGCAGCAAUAAAAGAAUUGAACCGUAAGAAUAGUCGAAAAGAUCAUAACGAUAUUAGUAGUCAUUCUUUUGUAUCAUCGAAUAACAAUCAAAUACCAGAAGACGAUAACAUGAAACUGAACAUGAAAAAUAGUUUAAUUUCGCGUAUUAAAAAUCGACGUCACUCUAACACGGCGUCAAAAUCUAACAACAAUUCAUCAGUUUCCAAAAGAAAUUCAAAUUCUUCAAUUUCUUCGAAUCUCGAAAUUGAAAUUGUGGCAGACUCUGAAAAUAACAUUCCACAAUCCAAUUACACACCAUCUUCCAGCAACCAUACCCAUGAAACCACAAUCUCAUCACCGUCUGGUCUUCAAGUGCCAAAAUCAGCGACUUCAAGUCGAUUCCCGUCAAUCUCCGGGGAGAGUAAAUUGGCGCAUAGACGCAAACGACGAAAUCAAAAUUCAUCGUCAUUAACAAUCGUUCAUCCGAACGGGACUCCAUUGUUGACUUCGUAUACAAUGGCGGGUGCUAAAAGAAAUAAAGCGUUUCAUUCAUUGUUUGCUAUGCCUGAGGAUGAAGAACUUGUUAAUGAUUAUGGUUGCGCACUUCAACGUGAGAUUCUGGCACAAGGAAGAAUGUACAUUUCAUUAAAGCAUGUUUGUUUUCAUGCAAAUAUUCUUGGGUGGAUUACUAAUACUGUAAUCAAUUUCACAGACAUAAUUUCAAUAGAAAAGAAAAUGACCGCACUAAUAAUUCCAAAUGCAAUUCAAAUUUCCACUCCAAAACAAAAGUUUUUCUUUGCCUCUCUUUUAUCACGCGACUCUGUAUUCGAACUGUUAAUGAGCCUAUGGGAAGCGUCAAAGAAUAACUCCUCAAUAUCGUUUGAAUUGGGGUCAUCAAUGAAUCAGCAUCAAUCGUUAAGUGAGGUUUCUGCUACUGAAGAGGAUUACGCAUCUGAAGGUACAAAAAGACCAAAGAAAUUUGAUAUUCAGCGACUAAUACACCCGAGAAAUAAAAUCCGUCGAGACGAUAAAGUAAUCGAAGAAACACCCACACCAAAUUCUCAUCAAUCUCCAAGAGAAGCUGCAUCAAUCCCUCUCUCUCAACAUACCAUAUCUGAAGACUUAGAUUCUCCAUCAAACUCGACACCACCACCCGCCAUUGUACAAUUACUACCACCACCACGCCCAACGCGUAAAGAAUCAUAUACUGUCACGCCCAUAACAAAAAAAGAACCACGAAUUCCCACCAAAUGUAAUUGUUUGAUUAAUAACGAGCACUACGGGAACUUGAUUUUUGAUUCGGUGUUUGAUGGAAGCAUCGAACAGAUUUUCAAUUUGAUGUUUAAUGAAUUUUAUAAGGAUUUCCUGUUGAACGUUGAAGAGGCUACCGAUGUUAACAUUGGCGAAUGGACACCAGACAAUUCCAAAAAAUUAAAUCGUUCUUCGUCAUACAUGAAGAAACUGAACUUUGCAAUAGGACCAAAAAGCACCAAAUGUGUAUUUGACGAGGAGUGCUUGUUUCGUGACUUUGAAAAUCAUGUCACAACGAUUAUAACUACACGAACCCCCUACGUGCCAUCAGGUAGCGCAUUCUGUAUUAAAACACGCGUGUGCAUCAUGUGGGCUGGUGAGAACCAGGCUCGUGUUAUGAUUACUGCUGCACUAGAAUGGUCAAAGUCUAGUUUGAUAAGAAGGCAAAUUGAACGAGCCUCGAUCGACGGCCAAAUAGAAUUCUAUGCAGCGCUAGCGAACACGGUGCGCACAUACAUUAAAGAACAUCCUGCAGAAUUUCACAAAGACAGUACUUCGACGACGAUAGAAGGAACUGAUAAUAGUAGUGUGAAGCGCGAGAAAUUAGUGACGCUUCUAUCAAAUCCUGAAAUACAUGCAAAGAAAGUAGGAAAUACGCGAAACUUUUCAGGAUCUUUGACCAAUAUGAUACAAUGGGUACUAAAGAUAUCAGACAACAUACCAUCAUCAUUGCCUUCACAAAACACCAUAAUCUUUAUUGGAUUCAUAUUGAUGGGUAUUGUGAACGUAUACACAUUAAUUCGCGUGAAUGAGAUUUCUAACAAGAUAGACAACUUGUCAUCCUCGCGGCAGAACAUAAAAGUCUUGUAUCCUUAUAACGAAGAUAAUUUUGUUAUGCGUGGUGGAGCGUGUCAUUAUUAUCUUGAGGUUAUUGAUGAGCGAGUUGUGCGCGCUGCUAAUAAGUAA